CGACCGCCGCCCGCGUACAUUUGAAAUGGCGGAGGAACUGCGGCGGGGUGGUGCGCUGCGGGGCCCUGAAGCCAUGGUUCCGGCGAGCCCCGACGUGGCGGCCGAGGAGGCCCCGGCGUCCUGGCAGGAAGGUUUACACCAGGAUGCAGAUCCAUGCAGUGAUCAGAGCUGUCAUGUUAAGCCAGGUGCUGCUGUAAAAACUCUUAUGCCAAAAGGAAAAAGUAUUUUUCCACAGAUUAUCCCAACAAAUGAACUCUUGUUUUAUGAGCGGUUCAGAGCCUACCAAGAUUACAUUUUAGCUGACUGUAAGGCCUCUGAGGUAAAGGAAUUCACAGUCAGCUUCUUGGAAAAGGUCCUCGAACCAUCUGGAUGGUGGGCGGUCUGGCACACUAAUGUGUUUGAGGUGCUUGUUGAGGUUACAAAUGUGGACUUUUCAGCUUUGAAGGCAGUAGUGAGACUCGCAGAGCCAUGCGUCUAUGAAUCUAAAUUGAGCACUUUUACCUUGGCGAAUGUGAAGGAACUUUUGGACCUGAAGGAGUUUCAGCUGCCUCUACAGGAGUUGUGGGUGGUGUCGGAUGACUCACGUGAAUUUCACCAGAUGGCACUUGCAAUUGAGCAUGUCAGGUUUUUCUACAAAAACAUUUGGAGGAGUUGGGAUGAAGAAGAGGAGGAUGAGUAUGAUUAUUUUAUCAGAUGUGUUGAACCUCGACUGAGAUUGUAUUAUGAUAUACUUGAAGAUCGAGUUCCCUCAGGACUGAUUGUUGACUAUCAUAAUCUUUUGUCUCAAUGUGAAGAUAGUUACAGGAAAUUUUUAAAUCUGAGAAGCAGUUUGUCAAAUUGCAAUUCUGAUUCUGAGCAGGAAAAUAUCUCCAUGGUGGAAGGGUUAAAUUUGUAUUCAGAGAUUGAACAGUUGAAACAGAAGCUAAAACUCAUUGAGAAUCCUUUGUUGAGAUAUGUUUUUGGUUAUCAGAAGAAUUCUAAUAUCCAAGCCAAGGGUGCUCGUCAAAAUGGCCAGAAAAUUACCCAUGUUGUUUCCUCCACAAUGAAGACAGGUCUGCUGCGGUCUCUGUUCAGGGACAGGUUUUGUGAGGAGUCUUGCAGAGAAGAAACAGAAAUUCAGUUUCAUAGUGAUCUGUUGUCUGCUAUAAAUGCCUGCCAUGAGGGUGACACCGUCAUUAUUUGUCCCGGUCAUUAUGUGAUUCAUGGCACUUGCUCCAUAGCUGACUCCAUUGAGUUGGAAGGAUAUGGUCUACCAGAUGACAUUGUCAUAGAAAAGAGGGGCAAAGGAGAUACUUUUGUUGAUUGCACGGGUAUGAAUGUUAAAAUUUCAAGCAUAAAAUUUAUUCAGCAUGAUUCUGUAGAAGGAAUCUUAAUCAUUCAUCAUGGCAAGACCACACUGGAAAACUGUGUACUGCAAUGUGAAACUACAGGAGUCACAGUACGCACAUCAGCAGAACUUUCCAUGAAGAACUCAGAUGUAUAUGGUGCCAAGGGUGCCGCUAUAGAAAUAUAUCCUGGGAGUAAGUGUACCCUGACUGACAAUGGGAUCCAUCACUGCAAGGAAGGGAUCCUCAUUAAGGACUUCCUUGAUGAGCAUUAUGAUAUUCCCAAAAUUUCAAUGAUAAAUAACAUUAUACAUAACAAUGAAGGCUAUGGUGUUGUUUUGGUGAAGCCUACGAUUUUCUGUGAUCUACAGGAAAAUGCCCAAGAUGAAACUGAUGACAAUACAACAGAGAGAAAUAGAGAGGUGGGUGCCACUGAAGGAUUAGAUCUGGAAGAAAUGCUUCAGUGUGUGACUAGCAAAAUGGAGCUUUCUGCCACAGCUAACUUUUCUGAACAAGCUAAGGGAAACUGUGAAAUUAUAAAUGAACUACUUGCUACUUCCAUGCAAAAAGGCCGGAUGAAGAAACGAUUGAGCGAACUUGGAAUUGUUCAAGCUGAUGACAACAUAAUGUCACAGGAGAUGUUUAUUGAAAUUAUGGGAAACCAGUUUAAGUGGAAUGGCAAAGGGAGUUUUGGCACAUUUCUUUACUAAUAUCAAUAGCUAACAAAUAGUGUAUUUUGAACAUAUCCUGAGAAUCAUGCUGCUCAUGCAGUUUACUUCAUUUGCUUCAUGGCUGUAUAUUAUAUAAUAUGUACUUGAUUGAGCUUGUGUAAAAUGUGUAUUUCUAUCUACAUGUUUUCUUCAUGGCUGUAUAUUAUGUAAUGUGCACUUGUUUGAGCGUGUGUAAAAUGUGUAUUAUAUCUGCAUGUUUUCUUCAUGGCUGUAUAUUAUAUUACUUCAUUGGGCUUGUGUAAAAUAUGUAUUUCUAUCUACAUGUAUUAUAUACAACACAUUUCUAUGUAAGAAAGCCACAAAAAAACCAUAAAAUAUGGCUGUAGGUGUAGCUCAGUAGUAGAGCAUGUGAAUUACAUGCCCAAUGCCCAUGCCCAGGUUCAGUACCCAGCAUUUUUCUUCACCUCCCUCACAAAAGGAAACUGAUUGUAGAUUUCUUAUCUAGAAAAGUGUGCUUUCUUAAAUACACAGUUCUCCCAUAUUAA